AUGUCGGAGGAGCAUGCCCAGCCCACCAGGCAAAGUCCAGCAGUGCAUAGCAAGGGUGGUGGCGGCGGCAAGCGGCACCGCCCGGCAGCGCCCGCCGCCGCCCCUGCCGCCACGUCGGAUGUGGCCCUCGAACUGCCGCCUGGCUGCCAGCAGAUUGACGGCAGCAUACUGGAAGGCGGGGGCCAGAUCCUGCGCAAUGCCAGCGCGCUGUCCGCCAUUCUGCGCCUGCCGAUCAAGGUGGACAGAAUCAGGGCGGGGCGCGACAAGCCAGGCCUGCGGCCGCAGCACACGACGGGGCUGCAGCUGAUUGCGGCGCUGUGUGACGGCCAGCUGAGGGGCGGCGAGGUGGGAUCCUCGUGCAUCAAGCUCCAGCCCGGCCGCCUGGUGUGCAGCCACCACCUGGCCGACACCAGGACCGCGGGCAGCUGCAUGCUGCUGGCGCAGUCGGCGCUGCCCUGCCUCCUGUUUGCGGCGGCGGCAGCAGGGCCAGAUGGCGGCGGUGCCGUUGGCCCCGCAGCAGCAGGGCCUGGAGCGGGCCCGAAACCUGCCACAGCGCUGCAGUCCGCAGUGCAGGCCGGCACGACGUCGCAGCUGGACCUGCGAGGCGGCACCGAUGCCGCCAUGGCGCCGCCGGCGGGCUACAUGCAGCACGUGCUGCUGCCCGUGCUGCGCAGCAGGCUGGGGGUGCAGGCAGAGAUGGAGCUGUUGCGCCGCGGCUUCUUCCCGCGGGGCCAGGGACAAGUCAUUCUGUCUGUACAGCGGCUACCGCCUGGUGCCUGCCUGCCGGCCAUCGACUUGACUGAGCGAGGGGAGAUCACGGGCAUUGUUAUCCAGGCCUUCACCGCCGGCCGCCUUGUCCCCACUAUCGGCGACCGCCUGGCGGCGGCGGCGCACAAAGAGGUCAAGGCGUGCAUGCCACGCUGCGGCGUGCCCCGCGACACGCCCGUCAGCAUCGAGGUGGUGCAGGAGCCGGGGGAGCGCGCCUUUGGCGACGGCUGCGGCGUCCUGGUCACCGCGCGCAGCAGCGCCGGCUGCGUGUUUGGCGCCUCGGGGCUGGGGGAGCGCGGGGUGCCCGCGGAAGCGAUAGGGCAGCGGGCGGCGGAGGAGUUGAUGGAUGCGCUGGCCAGCGGGGCCUGCACCGAUCAGUGGCUGCAGGAUCAGCUGAUCAUCUUCAUGGCGCUGGCAAAGGGCCGCUCGCGGCUGCUGACGGGGGAGCCGACUCUGCAUACCCGCACUGCAUGCAUGGUGGCUGCUCAGCUGACGGGCGCCCGGUUCAGCAUCUCCAAGGCACCCCAGAAGCAGCAGCAGCAGCGGUACGGCGGCGCCGAGCUGUGGCUGGUGGAGUGCGAGGGAGCGGGAGUGGCAGCGCCCGCGGCGGUCGGCGAAGCGGGCGGCAGCGUUUGA